AUGGCCCAGCUCAUCUCUAACCUUCUAACUCUCAUCUCCCUGAAUGCCAAGCCGCUGUCAGCCACCUCGCACUUCCCUAGGGCCAGGGUGCAGGGUGGCACCCCGUCCGCCAAUUGUCAUAGCCGGAAAGCUGUGUGCCUCAACCCAAAGGAAGAGAAUUCUGAGGAGUGGCUGAGUGAAGCUUGCAUUCAGCCCCAGGUUGGGGUGCAGGAGCCCCAGCAAGAACCAGGAAGCGACAUUGGCAAGUCUGAUGCAAACAAAACUACAAGCAAUCCAACAAUUUCUACAGCAACAAAGACUAGCACAGUAUUGACAGAAACCACAGCUGGUACAUCAGUGGCAUCUACACUUUCUCCAGCCCAACCAACCACUGCAUCAUCCAAAGGAGGAACCAUCCCAAACAGAUCUCCAACACCUACUUCUGCAUUGACCCCAGGCUCCAGUGUCAAUCAAAGUGGUGACAGCAAUACUGCAAUUCCCAGUGGUUCCCAGGAUGAGAAGACGACCAUAGUGACACCAUCCAGUAACACUGGCACCACUACUGACAAGGGACAGCCAAUCUCUGGAGGCAAGAUUGACAGUGCUUCCACAACCCCAGCAUCCACUCAGGGGAGUGACCAGCUAACCGCUAAUGCUUCUUCUUCCCAGCCUCCCACCCCCUUAACUACCUCAAAGUCUUCUCCUGCCUCCGAAACAAACAGCACAACAAGCUCUCACCAGCCUAUAGCUACUCCUUCACACACCACCGAGAGCCCUUCUGCCGUUGUUUCCAGCAGUUCUGACCCCACGUCCAGUCCUAGCUUCCCUGUGUCCCCAAGGAAACCUACCACACACACACCGCUGGGCACCUCCAAAGGGACUCCACCCAUCACCAGCCAGAUACCCGGCAUCUCUACAUUGCCUUUAUCUACACCACAGCAGACUACAGGGUCUCCGGUGGGAACAGAGAUCAUGUCUACCACUGAGGAGUUCCCACACUCCAGCUCUAAUUUGACUUCAACAGCCCCUCAAGGGCCCAGCACGCCCUCUUCCGUCUGGAUUUUUAGGGAUUAUAAGCUCAAAUGUGAGGCCGCCAUCAUGCCCAGCGAGGAACUACUCAUUCUGAAUCUCACGGGAGCCAGCCUUUGUGAAGGGAGCCCUCCGGAUGAAAAGCUCGUGGAACUGCUCUGCCAUUCCGUCAAAGCCUCCUUCAAGCCAGCCCAAGAUCAGUGCACUCUGCAGGUGGCACCUAUUCUAGAGAGCCGGGCAGUGGCAGUGAAGAGAGUCCUCAUUGAGACGAAGCUUUCUCCUGAAGUCGUCUAUGAGCGGUUGAAGGACAAAUGGGAUGACCUGAGAGAGGCGGGAGUCAGUAACAUGAUGCUGGGGAGGGAAGGACCACCAGAAGCCAACGAGGACCGCUUCAGCCUGCCACUCAUUAUCACCAUUGUCUGCAUGGCCUCCUUCCUGCUCCUUGUUGCUGCUCUCUAUGGCUGCUGUCACCAGCGCAUCUCCCAGAGGAAGGACCAGCAACGACUCACCGAGGAGCUGCAGACAGUAGAAAAUGGUUACCAUGACAACCCAACCUUGGAAGUGAUGGAGACCCCUUCUGAGAUGCAGGAGAAAAAGGUGGUCAAUCUUAAUGGGGAGCUGGGGGACAGCUGGAUCGUACCUCUGGACAACCUGACCAAGGAUGACCUAGAUGAAGAGGAAGACACACAUCUCUGAUGAGGCUGCUGGCCACCCAACAGGACAGCAAAGCUCCAGACCACCCAAAGUGCCAUUUGGACAGGAGGAAGGCUUCCCACUAGAGGAGGGAGAGACUGGCGAGGGAGAGUGGACUCCGAGGGAUGCCCCUCCCAGUCCCCAAGGGCCUUAAAUUUUCCUUUUCAAGUUCCACAAGUCACAUUCUGUUUUCUUCAUGUAAAAUAACCCACUUGUGCCUGAGCCCAGAGCCGCUGGAAGGCGAGAGGAAAAUGGAGAAAGCCACGGAAGGGGCUUUGGAGAGAGAGAGAGAGCCUCUAGUCGUGGUGUCCUCUCGUCUACUAAGUGAGACGACGACAGAGACCUUGAGGUCAGGUGACUUGCACAGGGUCACACAGACAUUUGUUUUCCCUCAGUCUGGUGCUUAACUGCACCGGGCCAUACCACUGUGUUCCUUUGUGCCCCUCCUCAAGGCUGUUCUGGGCAGGAGGGAUACUUGCAGGUGGGCGGGCUAGAAAGAAAACCAGGUCCCGACUGUCUGAAGGACAGGUCCCAAUUUUCCAUGUCCUAUAAUGUGGCCUCCACUAGCUUGUAUCCCACCUCCCACGAUUCAGUCUUUAGUGCCACCAUUUCCCAGGGCACGACUUUGAACCUCCUGUUGUAGAUUCUGAUUUCCUUGCCUGUGCUCAGUGUGAUUGGGACUUGGCCCACACAGGCCUCACUCCUCGGUGGACGUCUGCCGAAAGGGUUGGUGGGCGGGCAGAGGUAAGGGGGCUCAUGCGCAGACAGCUUCCCCGUGGCAGCUGAUUCCAUACUGACACUGGCCCAUCACCCAGGGCACCCCUAGAAGACACUCCCCCAGGUGUCCUCUGGCCUUCUGCUCCCACAAGGAACAAAAUGCAGUAGCUCCUGAAAACCAGAUGUUCCCUUUCUCUUGUUCACUGCUCCAUUGAGGGGGUGACUCCUUGAAACCCAGUGUCAUAGAGCAAUUGCUCUAUGACAGGGACAGACAUGUCUUGGGACCCUGACUGGUCCCGGAUUGGCAAAUGUGUCUCAGUAGACAAUCAGCAUAAACGACCAGCCAUUACUGCUGUGAGAAUUGUGUUGUGUGUUUGUUUCGUCCAGCUCCCCACUACCAGAGGCCAAAGCUCAGAUCAAACACUGGAGAUGCUGUUAGCUUCUUUCACUAGUUCUCACUCCUCCUCUGCUGUGGAGAAAGGCAGGCCCAGAACAUGCAGUUAAGGCGCCUCUGCCCACAGUCCCAGCAUGGAGCCAGGCUUUUUGUUUCCUGUGUUCGUGGCGGCACCCUAGCUGUGGAGUUUCUUGUGGCAUCUCAGGGAAACACAAAGCCAUGCCUAAAUACCUAGCACAGGAGUUUUACGGGCUUAGCCGUCAAGUGGCCAUGUGGAAGGCAGCUGAGGGGCUGGAAUAGUGAGAAGUUCUGAGAAGAAGGGGGAGCCUGUAGGGAGCUUUGAACUUGGUCUGUUUUGUUCUUGGACAUAAAUUCCUGUGACCCAUUCUCUGCCCCGGAGUAGCUUGUUUUUAAAAGAUGGGGGGUGGGGGUUUGACAACAACAGGUGUCCUCUGCCUGAUUCCACCUUUACAGCCAUCACCCUGUGGUAUUCCCUAGGCAGGCAGCAAAGGCUGUCAGAAAUCAAGGCAGGCUCUCAGUGAGUUUGACAGAUGCUAACAGGAAGCCACAGCCUUGCGGCUGCUUCUCUCAGAUUGCAGGGGAUGGUAGAGAGCAGUGCCAGGGAAAUUAGGUCUCUCCCUCCUGCAUUAAGUUCUGUCACCAGUGGGUCUGUUCUAUCAGUGUGAAAGGCUGCUUCAGUGUCACAGUCACUGGGGGUGAGGCCAUUUGACAGACAGCAAAUUCUAUUUCUGCAAAAUGGUCACAGGUUGCAACCCCACAGCCUCUCAGAGAUGACUGCAAGAUUAGAUAAAGGAUAUCAGGCUGAAGGAAUUGCCAUGGCUCUGUUCAGGGUAGUCCAUGGAAGCUCUGACCAGGCUGGUCCAGAGCUCCUUGUGCGCCCAAUGUUGCCUUUUAGGACUGGUCUCAGGCCCCAGCUUGUUCUUACUGCUGGGGUAUCUGCAAGACACACUGCUAGCAUCUAUAACAGUCGCCUUGCUUUGUUUCCACUGGGUUUUUAGAGCUGUCUGUUAACUCAGAAUCUCUGGCUGAGAACAGGAAGAGGAAGGGUUCUCAGCAAGACUUUAAAACCAGCUGUACCAAAGAGAAAUCAGAACUCUUCAUUUCAGUGGCAGAUGGUUUUCCCAGCUGCAAACCCAAGGGCCUGAUGACUGCGACUGAACAAAUCCAGCAGCUGCUGCUUGAGUGGGAGAGAAAGGAGAGGAAGCUAAGCAAUCCGUAUCUCAGGGCAGGAUCCAGGCUCUUCUGGGAGACUCAGGCUUCUAACCUUCAACAGAGAAAGCUAGCAGGCGUUUUGAACUUUAUCAGGUUUGGCCCCCCUUUUGGACUAUAUCCUUCUGUUGAAACUUUGAAGAAUAAGGUGAAGUUGACAAGAUGUAUGCAUUUUUUUGACAUUGUAAAUACAAGGGCCAUGAGGUUGUUUACCCUGUACUACUUUCAGAGAGUAAAUUUUGGGAAAACAUUUGAUAGCUAAGAGACAGCUAAGUGGUUUUUCUCUCCACAAGAAUGUAAAUGUCUUUUUAGUAGAAAUGACUUUUUAAAAAUGAGAGCUAUAACAAAACAGGCUGGUAACAAAAGUAUUUACUUUGUAGAUAGGGUAUUUUAAAAAUUUAAAUAUGAUCCUUGCUCCUCCCCAGCCAAGUCUUAAUCCUACUUCAGUAUGGGCUGAGUUCAAAAUGUGUUUAUACGGCUGAUGGUCACGGGGAAAACAGUUUGGAAGACACAGUUCAAUCUUCCUAUGGGAAAACACAUCCCAAGCCACAAAGUGAAUGGAUCAAAAUCAACCAGGGACAGAGACAAGAUUAAAACAGGAGUCCCAGACUGCCCACCCUGUGUUGUGUGUUCCUCAAGAACAGGGAAUUAAAGAGUGCAACUCACAGGUACAAAGUCAACACAGGACACCACCAAUCCUUCUCCACACUUACCCUGGCAGUGCUGGGGAGGACACAAGGGACACACAGCCAUGUUGCUGAGCUUUGGAAUCAUUUGGGUCUGAGAUGUAAAUACAUGUUUGGGGGAGGCAUAUUUUUUCCUCCCUAACAAUUUUGAAAAUUUACUGAGCAAUGUCCAAUAUAACAAGGGUUAAAGGGAAUCCCACAGAGCAAGGCAGAGAGGGCAGGACACCCCCUGUAGUGGAGCCUUUGUCACUGUCACCAGCGGCUUGUUCCCUGAGGUUCCCUGGGGCCUUUCUGUUUCUUGGUGAAUGUCAGCCAGCUUGCCCAGGACACUGGGGGAGCCUGUGUUAGUGGACAGGGGUCUGAAGAACACUGGAAUCUAUUGAGAAACUUAUUUGUAAAGACUAUAGUUAACUAUUGCAUUUUCUUAUAAAAUAUAUUUUGGAAAAUUGUACACUGUCAAUUAAAAUGCUUUUGUGUAAGCUGGUUCAGGUCCUGGUGUGUUGU